AUGCAGAUCUUCGUGAAAACCCUAACCGGGAAGACGAUCACCCUCGAGGUGGAGUCUUCCGACACCAUCGACAACGUCAAGGCCAAGAUCCAGGACAAGGAAGGCAUCCCGCCGGACCAGCAGAGGCUCAUUUUCGCCGGAAAGCAGCUCGAGGACGGCCGGACCCUAGCCGACUACAACAUCCAGAAGGAGUCCACCCUCCACCUUGUCCUCCGCCUCCGCGGUGGCGCGAAGAAGCGCAAGAAGAAGACCUACACCAAGCCGAAGAAGAUUAAGCACAAGCACAAGAAGGUUAAGCUCGCCGUGUUGCAGUUCUACAAGGUGGAUGAUUCUGGAAAGGUCCAGAGGUUGAGGAAGGAGUGCCCGAAUAGUGAGUGUGGGGCCGGGACUUUCAUGGCGAACCACUUUGACAGGCACUACUGUGGCAAGUGUGGGCUCACCUAUGUUUACCAGAAGGCCGGCGGCGAUUGA